CGUCCACCUGCAGAGGUACUCGCCAUGGCUCGUCCGCACUUGCUGGUAUUGCUGGCAGCAGUGGCGAUGGUCGCCGCUCAGAACCCGUUGUCGCAGAUCCACGUGGACAUGGACGCGCUGCUCGCAGACCCGGCCAAGGUGGACGCCGCCGUGCAGUGCUUCGUUCAGGACGGCGACGACUCCUGCGAACCGCUUGCGAAAAUCAUCAAAAGCCUGAUCUCAGAGAUGGUGAAGACCAACUGCGCCGAAUGCUCUGAACCACAGAAAGAUGAUGUUGCGAAAUUCCUGUCGUACGUGUCUAAGAAUAAGCCAGACGAUAUGAAGAAGCUGCUCACCAAGUAUGACCCUAGUGGAGAAGCUGUGGCCAAGUACGGAGACAACUGGAGAGCCAGAGGAGUUAACUUGUGAACAUACACUCACUCACCAAAUAAUGAUUAAUAUGUAAACUGUAGCUGUAAAGUAUCUAAUAAAUAAAACAAAUGCCCAUCAAA